CUAUAACUGAAGACAUGCUUGCUCACCCGAAAGCAAACAUGUUCUUGGACAGAGUGAGAUCAAUCGUUUGUCGUCUGAACGACGAUGGCCUUAUUCAUCUCUAUAGUCAGCGUGGGAUUUGUCAAGUGGCUGCGAAAUGUUUUCCUCAUCUCCAGCAUAUCGAGUUCGAUCCAACUGGAAUUCCUGUAUGGUCGUUCUACAACUUGCAUGCCCCUUCUACAUUCAUCGGUCUUCGUGAUACAGUGGUCAAGUACAAUGACUUCAUUCGGGUUGAAGGAUGUCUGUAUGGAUGCACCGCUAAACGUGCGAUGGGAGGUCAUUCAGCGAGUAAGAGCGUGGAGGAGCCACACCACCAGAGUAAGGAGUUGCUCACCGUCUGAUCAGCCGAAGUUGAAGCUGUUGCCAUUGCAGCUUCUUGGGGGAAUUGAAAGCAUCUCCAGUGCUCUACCCUAUAUGUGGAAAUUUCUGGCUUAUUUCUGUUCUUCCCUCUCAAUAACAUUCCCUUUU